ACAAAAACCCUAGACAACAAAAACUAGAGUGCCCGCCCUGGUCACAACCUGACCUAACCAAAAUAUAUAGAAAAACAGAGAUAUCUAAGGUCAGGGCGUGACAAUUAGUAGUUAUGCAUUAAGUACAAACCUUUGUAUUCUAUAUACUGUAGGGAGAUGGGUGGUGAACACUUACACUACACACAGAACACACACCAAUCACACAGCAGAGGAGAGUACUUCCUGUUAUUUGUUGCCUGUGACAGAGGAUGCAGUUUGGAUGCGAUACUGGGGACAUUGACGUCAACACCAAAGGGAAAUUGGGUUUUCUAACGUCACAGCACCCCAUAUUGCACAAUACUAAUGAAUGAGUUUCCCUUGAGGUGUGACUCUCUCACAUUCGAAACAGGAAAAGAUUGUCACAGAGUUCAUGUUCCUCAGUCAAGUCCCGGCUCUCAGUCAUCAUCAUCUCAUUCUGAAAUCAGAAGUGUAGCGAGCAGAAAGAUAGGACAUUUCAGGCCAUCAGCAGGCACAGAUCUGCAGCAGGCUCAGCCAGUCCAGGCGGCCACAGCGCAGGGGCUACAGAGUGCACAGGGAGCCCCGGGGGCCACAGCGGAUCCAGGACUGGGAUGAACCGCAGGACAAGGGUGGAGGGAAUGUGGCUGGGAGGAGAGGACUUCAACCAGAAGGGCAGCUUCAUCCACAAGCCCUCCCAGGGCUGGCUGCACCCAGACAAGAAGAUCACAGGCCCUGGGGCUUCCUACAUAGUCAGGUACAUGGGCUGCAUUGAGGUGUUAAAGUCGAUGCGAUCGCUGGACUUCAACACUCGGACCCAGGUGACGAGGGAGGCCAUCAACAGACUGUGUGAAGCUGUGCCUGGGGGUAAAGGGGCCUGGAGGAGGAAGAACAUUAACAAGGCCCUGCAGUCCGUCAUGGGGAAGAGUAACCUUCGCUUCGCUGGUAUGAGCAUCGCUGUCAACAUCUCUAUAGAGGGGCUCAGCUUGCUCAUCCCCACCACACGACAGGUGAUAGCACACCAUCCCAUGCAGUCCAUCUCCUUUGCCUCUGGGGGAGACACGGACACGCCCGAUUAUGUUGCUUAUGUGGCCAAAGAUCCAGUCAAUCAGAGAGCAUGCCAUAUCCUGGAGUGUUGUGACGGUUUAGCUCAGAAUGUCAUCAGCACCAUCGGGCAGGCCUUCGAACUGCAGUUUAAACAGUACCUCCACAGCCCUCCCAAAGCCAUCCCAACCGUGGAAAGGAACAUCAGGACAGAAGACUCGGCGUGGGGAGAUGACGAGGACUCGUUGGAGCACGACUACUACAACAGCAUCCCUGGGAAGGUGCCUCCUUUUGGGGGAGUGGUGGACUCAAGGCUGAAGCCUUGUACGGCCUUGCUGGGCCACAUCCACAGCCAACCAGAGAGCAAGGCAGUGCAGAUGGGUUCUCCGUCCAGGAGAGAGACAGCUUCCUGCCCUUCAGGUCAGCUGUGCUACGAGCUUCACUGGGAUACUGAAAACAACGGCAGCUCAGGUCUGACAUCAGAUGGUUACCAGCGGGCAGACGGCCAGACUCCGGGGAGCAGGGACUAUGAGGAGCACCUAUAUGUGAACACCCAGAGUCUGGAGGGAUUGGAGCAGGGAGCAGAGGGCCACAGGGGGGCCAGGGGGCCAGACAGCCCCAUGAAAGACAUCUUUGACAUGAGACCCUUUGAGGAUGCUCUAAAGAUGCACGAGGCUGGUGGUGUCGGUGGUAACGGUGGGGUGUGUGUUUUGAAGAACCAGUGGCCCAGCCCGCCCCGACGUCGUGCCCCUGUCGCCCCUACAGAGGAGCAGCUCCGGCGGGAGGCCUGGUACCACGGUCGUAUGAGCCGCCGUGAUGCUGAGAAACUGCUGGUCCGAGACGGGGACUUCCUGGUACGAGACAGUGCCACCAACCCAGGCCAGUAUGUCCUGACAGGCAUGCACUGUGGUCUGCCCAAACACCUGCUACUGGUGGACCCAGAGGGAGUGCCCACUCCUCCUCGUCACUGUCAGGUACGCACCAAAGACAUGCUGUUUGAGAGCAUUAGUCACCUGAUCAGCUACCACCUGAAGAACGAGCUGCCCAUCGUGGCGGCCGAGAGCGAGCUGCACCUCAAACAGGUGGUCCGGAGGAAACAGUGACCCAGCCAGCCACGGAGGGGAUGACUUUCUGGAAUGGAGUCAGAGGUGUGUCCAUGUAAGCCCAAGGGAGGAAGAUCUUCACUGCCAUAUCCAUAUCCCCAGAAUCAGAGCUUUCACUGGGGUAGGAGGACACAGGCGACUCCCUCUGCCCUGGACACAGGAGCAUUGCUACAGUACUUGGCUUCCUCCCGCAGUGCCCACAACUGUCCACCAUUUCCGCCUGAACUCUCAGCAUGCAGUCAUUAAGCUAACAAACACCUGGAUGCCUCAGAACGGGAGGUAACAGACCAGACAAUCACAAGGAUGGAAUUCUAGGUCAGAGGUCACAGAUGGUCCGAGGUCAGAUGACAUCAUCACAGUGACAAACAGUAGUUGUUCCAUAGGAAAUCAUUAUUUUCGAGUGCAUGAUGAUGUUGCAGCUCAUACUGAAUUUCAAACUGCUGUAGUCAUGCACAGUCCCAGAAUGAUUUGGGUUCCCUGUGUCUUUCACUGAACAAAUGUGAACAUUCAUAGACAAAAACAUUGUAAAUGAUAUGUAAGAAAAUCCUGGCAGAAAAAUAUCACUCAAUUGUUUCAUCAGAAAGCAGUUCUUUGCUCCUCAGACAUUGGGAUGCUUUAAUGGACUUUUAUAUACUGUUCAUCUGCAGCAGUAGGAACUGCACCUUCAUGAGUUUUAUUCAUAUGUAGUCUCAGGACCAAAUUCUGCAGGCUUUAAAUAUCUGAUAGCAUAUGCUUUAGAGGUACAGUACUAACCAGACACAAACCUAAAAAAUGUGUCUGUCCCUCUGUUCCCUCAAAUCCACAAGACUACAUAACACAAAAUACAUGGGCAGAACUCUGAAUAUCAAUGUGAUUGUUCAAUUAUAACCACAUACUUGUCAACGUGUUUGUAUCGGACAGUCGGAUCGUCAUUGAAUACCUACCCGAGUUGUGUAUUAUCAAGCCUACUGUAUGAAGAGAGCACUGGUCAGAGCCUGUACUCUCAGAAGGCAGACUACAGUACUACAAAUGACUCAGUGUAUAUAUGAUGAACAUCUCCUCAGUUCAGUGCCUUAAUUGUCCAUGUGUUUCAUAUCUUUCCUCUCAAAUCGCUUGUACAGUGUCAUACAUUCUACAUCUACCACCGAAGAAAUACAGUAGUGUGGAAUGUAUGUAUGCCCUGAGAGCAAAUGACACAUUUUCUUUCCAUGCCAAACCAUACUUUAAUCAAUGAAUAGAGUGGACUGAAAGAAAUCACCCAUUUUUCUUGUGAAACUUUCUAUAAGCUGCUGAUUAAUGGGGGGGAUACUGUAUACUGUAGCACCUCCCACAGUGUGUUCUGAUUGGUUGUCCUAUUAUGUGCUUCCUGUUCUAUUGUACGAGUCCUCCAAUCAAUAAUCGUUGCAGGCAUGGGCCCUAAUGGUUUUGAUCAGGAUUCUGUGUUAAAUUCUGUGUUAAUGGCAACAUGUUUGAUCAAUCGAUAGGGGAUCCUUUGGUCUCUGCUGUAUCUUUGUCUCAAAGGGGAAAGAGAGAGGACAUUGCUUUCUGUGAUGUUAGUAUACUUUAUGCAACUUUUCUAAAAGGACCCCUUUGCUUCCUCAGGGCUUUCUGGUAUCUACUCUUCUUUAAACUAAAUGCAUUUUUGCAAUAAAAUAUGUCAAAAUUAAUGUUAUUCAAAUGUGCCUGAUUUAGGGCUGACCUCAAUUGGUCG